AUGAGUCGCCCGGAUCUCACGCUUUACACCUCCCAGACUCCCAACGGGAUCAAGAUCUCCAUUGCGCUGGAGGAAUUGGGACUCCCCUACAAGGUGGAGAAGAUCGAUAUCACCAAGAACACUCAGAAAGAACCAUGGUUCCUCGAGAUUAACCCCAACGGCCGUAUCCCCGCAUUGACCGACACCUUCACCGACGGCCAGAAGAUCCGCCUGUUCGAAUCCGGCAGCAUCCUGACCUACCUGGCGGAACAGUAUGACAAGGACUACAGGAUCUCCUACCCCAAGGGUACCCGCGAAUACUACGAGACCAUCAGCUGGCUAUACUUCCAGAACGCCGGAGUCGGUCCCAUGCAGGGCCAGGCCAACCACUUCUCGCGCUACGCCCCCGAGCGCAUCGAGUACGGCGUGAACCGGUACGUCAACGAGACCCGUCGCCUGUACAGCGUGCUGGAUCAGCACCUCUCGACCUCCAAGUCCGGCUAUCUGGUUGGCGACCACAUUACCAUUGCCGAUAUCUCGCACUGGGGGUGGGUUGCGGCCGCCGGAUGGGCGGGCGUCGACAUCGAAGAGUUUCCCCAUGUGAAGGCGUGGGAAGAGCGCCUGGCCGCCCGCGAGGGCGUCGAGAAGGGUCGCCAUGUGCCUUCGCCUCACACCAUCAAGGAUCUCUUGAAGGAUAAGGCGGAGAUGGACCGCAAGGCGGCCGAAUCUCGGGCUUGGAUUCAGGAUGGCAUGAAGGCCGACGCCAAGCACUAA